AUGGAGGGACUUGAAAAAAGCUAUUCAAAUUUGGAACUGCAUGACAACGUACUUGUGGAUACAGAUAAAGUCUUACAACAAGUGGAACAACAACUCGAAACAUAUAUUGGUGAAAUGGUACGAACAAUGGACGACAACGUUCUUCCAGCUUAUAAGCCAACACAAUCUCUGCCAGAUACAAGAGACAAUCGAUUAUUAAUUCCAGGUAUUGUUAAAUUUAUUUGUACCCAAGGGCAAUACAGUAGAAUCUAUUUAAACCAAAGUGGUUCACAAAAACCAGAAUAUCGUAUUGCAAUUCUUCUUGAUCAAUCGGNGCUAUCGAAUGGGCUAUAA